AAAGAGACAUUCGUUGUUUUGUGUUGGAACUGAAAGAAAGGAGUAACUGGCUUUAGUUUAUAAACACUAACAAAAAUUUACGUAUUGCUCGUUUAGUGUAAUGUGAGUAUUUAAAGUCAUAAUGGGGCCAAAUACUAUCGAUAUUAUUGCUGCAUUUACCUUAAAUUUCCUGCAAUACGUUACAUCGGACCACAUCCUGCCUUGUAAUGUGACCGCAAUCGAGCCUUGUAAGGGGAAAAAUGAGGUUUGCGUCCAGAAGACAUUGCAAUGUGUCUGCGAAAAAGGUUUUAUUCGAGUUGGUGACGACUGUGAAGAGCCUAGUGAUGAUACAGGCGGUCCUCACGGUGCCACGGCUGCUAUAGUGUCCAUAUUUACUAUAGCAUUAAUAGUAUGUGGUCUGGUAUUAGUCGUAAGGAAGUAUAAUUUAAUUGAAUAUAUGAGGCAGAAGAUUAAUCAACGAAGAACAAAUGAUGUUAUGUACGAGGACGUCAUGAUAGGUAAUGACGAUCCUCCAUUAAGCCCAUAAUGUCUUGAUAGCUAUUUAAUCUUUGGUUAUUAUUAUAAUAAAAUAGAACUAAGUGUGGAAGUGUGAUGCUGCAGCUUAAACAAUGUAACUAAAUGUAGGCUAUAUUCCUUCUUGUGAUUC